GCGGAGCUGGGAUGAGAUUCGCCGGAAGCCCAAGCUUCUGCUUCCGGGUCAGAGCCAUGGCGGUGGCAAAUUCAAGCCCUGUCAACCCCGUGGUGUUCUUUGAUGUCAGCAUUGGCGGCCAGGAAGUUGGCCGAAUGAAGAUCGAGCUCUUUGCAGACGUUGUGCCUAAGACAGCCGAGAACUUUAGGCAGUUCUGCACUGGGGAAUUCAGAAAAGAUGGGGUUCCUAUAGGAUACAAAGGAAGCACUUUCCACAGAGUCAUAAAGGAUUUCAUGAUUCAGGGUGGAGAUUUUGUUAAUGGAGAUGGUACUGGAGUUGCCAGUAUUUACCGGGGGCCAUUUGCAGAUGAAAAUUUUAAACUUAGACACUCAGCUCCAGGCCUGCUUUCCAUGGCAAAUAGUGGUCCCAGUACAAAUGGCUGCCAGUUCUUCAUCACCUGCUCUAAGUGUGAUUGGCUGGAUGGGAAGCACGUAGUGUUUGGAAAAAUCAUUGAUGGACUUCUAGUGAUGAGAAAGAUUGAGAAUGUUCCCACAGGCCCCAACAAUAAGCCCAAGUUGCCUGUGGUGAUCUCACAGUGUGGAGAGAUGUAAUCCAGAGCAAGACGGAAUCAGGCUUUACAGAAACCUCCAUGCGCUUGGAAUCAGCAUUCCACCUUCUCCACUUCACUCCCACAAUGUUUUGUGCUUUUGCAGCACUGGAGUGUUGGGUGUUUAAAUUUCUACCUUCAUCCCUAGACUGAAUUUAAGAGGCAGAAACUGGCGAACUAGUCCAUCCCCAGAAGAUCAUUGACGCUUAAUAAGGAAUGAAGGUGGAGGAUUUCAGCUACAGCAUGUGGCAACCUCAAUUAUAAAUCAAUUUUGAAACGUGGAUAGUAACCCCUAUUUCACGUGGCUAGUGUAAGGCUAAAAUGCAAGAAAAAUUCCUAGUUUGCUCAAUAAACGUGACUUGAAA